AUGAAGACCGCCUAUCACGCCUUUAGAUGCCUAACCAAAGAUCUGGAUGCUUGCACCAUGAACCCAGAGAUGACAAUGGACAGUAUUGGUAGUUUGCAUGGUGGAAACAGCCAUGAGCAGGAUCUGAUGAGCAGCCACAGCCCUCACCACCACCACCACCACCGCAGGAUCCACCAGGACCUCACCAUUCCAUCCUCCAGGUCAGCAAUGGUCUCCAGCAUGGCUUCCAUUCUGGAUGGGGCUGGGGACUACCGCUCAGAACUGUCCAUCCCUCUGCACCAUGCCAUGAGUAUGCCCUGUGACACUUCACCCCCUGGGAUGGGCAUGAGCAGCACCUACACCACUUUAACUCCGCUCCAGCCUCUGCCACCCAUCUCCACGGUGUCCGACAAAUUCCAUCACCCUCAUCACCAUCCCCACCAUCACCACCACCACCACCACCACCAGAGGCUGACCGGCAAUGUCAGUGGUAGCUUCACCCUCAUGAGGGAUGACAGAGGGAUCCCCGCCAUGAACAACCUGUACAGCCCUUACAAGGACAUGACCGGCAUGGGGCAAAGCUUAUCCCCCCUGACGGGUACCCCCUUGGGGAAUGGUUUGGGUUCCAUUCACAAUACUCAACAGAGCCUCCAUAACUAUGGACCGCCUGGCCAUGAGAAGAUGCUCAGUCCAAACUUUGAUGCCCACACUGCCAUGUUGACAAGAGGGGAGCAGCACCUCUCCAGGGGUCUGGGCACUCCACCUUCUGCCAUGAUGUCCCACAUCAAUGGGAUGCACCACGCGGGCCACGCUCAAUCUCACGGGCCCGUGUUGACUUCCAGCCGUGACAGGCCACCCUCCUCCUCUGGAUCCCAACUCAGUAACUCUGGACAGUUAGAAGAAAUUAAUACCAAAGAAGUGGCCCAAAGAAUCACUGCGGAGCUGAAAAGGUACAGCAUCCCCCAGGCUAUCUUUGCCCAGAGGGUUCUGUGUCGGUCACAGGGUACCCUAUCAGACCUGCUAAGGAACCCUAAACCUUGGAGUAAACUGAAAUCUGGGAGGGAGACUUUUAGAAGAAUGUGGAAAUGGCUGCAGGAGCCUGAGUUCCAGAGGAUGUCAGCUCUCAGGCUUGCAGCAUGUAAACGCAAAGAGCAAGAACCGAACAAAGACAGAAACAACUCACAGAAGAAAUCCCGCCUAGUUUUCACAGACCUCCAACGAAGAACACUUUUUGCCAUCUUUAAAGAAAACAAGCGCCCGUCCAAAGAAAUGCAAAUCACUAUUUCCCAGCAGUUGGGCUUGGAACUCACUACAGUCAGUAACUUCUUCAUGAACGCCAGGAGGCGGAGUCUGGAAAAAUGGCAGGACGAUUUAAGUACAGGGGGAAGUUCAUCAAACUCCAGCACUUGUACCAAAGCAUGA